CCGGCAUACACAGAGUCCGGGGGGUCCCACCAGUUGGUGUAUUGUACGCAACCUUACUUCCCAAUGCAAUAUUUUUAUUUUUAUCGUCUUAAUCAAUGCCCUGAAGGCAUUCUUUAGCAUUUCUCAUAAUUUAUUCCUUUUCAAUUUUGUUUUUUAAAAUCUUCAUUGUACGAAGAAGAGAUAACCCCUAUUUAUACUAUCUGUAAAAAAAUAUUAUCUAGAAUUUCUUUAAUACAGUAUAAAACUUGUCUUUUUUCUUAAAUAUAGCAAUGUUAAGAGAGAUAUAUCCAGAAAAAUAGAUGUACCAUGUGCAACAUAGCUAUUAGCAGUUAGCACCGGACCAAAUACAUACAAAUUAACAUCACAUAUAUAGGGGAAUUACUAUGACAGUUGCUUUAUUCAAAUUACCAAAAAAAGUCUUAUAUCAUACACAUUUACCCUAGUUUUCCCAAGUAGUAACUAGUAAGUAAUUAAAAUAAAACUAUGACCAAAUUGCCAUUUUGUUUUCUGUGGCAUAUAUGAUAUAUCUAUCUAUAUAUAUAAACAUGCAUGAUAGUAGGCAAAUCACAAGCAAUUCUUUCUUUAUCUUCAUCAAAUCCCAAAUCAUGAUGAAAACCAACUACACUAUGCAACUGUCAUUGCUUGUUAGUCUCAUUUUCAUUCUCUGCAGCUUCAACCAAAUUACAUCAGUAUUUGCUGCAGAGGAGAAUCAAGAGCAUGAUCACAACUUAAUGACAUACAUUGUUCAUGUCAAAAAAUCAGAAAAUGUUGCUUCCUUUCAAUCAGAAGAUUUGCAUAGCUGGUACCAUUCAUUUCUUCCACAAAAUUUUCCUCACAAGCACAGAAUGGUUUUCUCAUACCGCCAUGUAGCCUCUGGAUUUGCUGUGAAGCUGACACCAGAAGAAGCCAAAUCUCUUCAAGAGAAAGAUGGGAUUUUGUUAGCAAGACCUGAAAGGACACUUUCAUUACACACAACUCACAGUCCAACUUUCUUGGGUCUGAAGCAUGGACAGGGGUUGUGGAAUGAUGAUAACCUUGGAAAAGGUGUCAUAAUUGGAGUCAUAGACUCAGGAAUAUUCCCUUCUCAUCCAUCAUUCAAUGACGAAGGAAUGCCGCCGCCACCUGCAAAAUGGAAAGGCCAUUGUGAAUUCAAUGGAACGAAAAUAUGCAACAAUAAGCUCAUUGGUGCAAGAAGUUUAGUCAAAAGUACGAUUCAAGAGCCUCCAUUUGAAAACAUUUUCCAUGGAACGCACACUGCUGCGGAGGCUGCAGGAAGAUUCAUAAAAGAUGCAAGUGUUUUUGGUAAUGCUAAAGGUGUAGCAGCUGGUAUGGCACCUAAUGCUCACUUAGCAAUAUACAAAGUGUGCAAUGAUAAAAUAGAAUGCCCCGAAAGUGCUAUCUUAGCUGCAAUGGAUAUAGCUAUUGAAGAUGGUGUAGAUGUUCUGUCACUUUCACUUGGUUUAGGUUCUCUUCCAUUCUUUGAAGACCCAAUUGCAAUUGGUGCUUUUGCUGCUACUAAAAAUGGUGUUUUUGUUAGCUGCUCUGCCGGAAACUCUGGCCCUGAAUACAGCACUCUCUCGAAUGAAGCUCCUUGGAUCCUCACUGUAGGUGCAAGCACAAUUGACAGAAAAAUAGUAGCAUCAGCAAAACUAGGAAAUGGAGAGGAAUAUGAGGGUGAAACAUUAUUCCAACCUAAGGAUUUUCCUCAACAAUUAUUUCCACUUGUGUAUGCAGGUUCAUUGGGAUAUGGAAACCAAACACAAAAUCAGUCAUUGUGUCUUCCAGGCUCCUUAAAGAAUAUUGAUCUAAGUGGAAAAGUUGUGUUGUGUGAUAUAGGUGAAGAUGUUUCAACCUUUGUGAAAGGACAAGAAGUUCUAAAUGCAAAUGGUGUAGCAGUGAUUCUUGUAAACUCAGAAAGUGAUGGUUUCAGCACUUUUGCUACUGCUCAUGUUCUGCCAGCAGUUGAAGUAAGUUAUGCAGCUGGUUUAACAAUCAAAGAUUACAUUAACUCAACCUACAAUCCAACAGCAACAUUGUUAUUCAAAGGAACAGUAAUUGGUGAUUCUUUAGCUCCUUCUGUUGUUUCAUUUUCUUCAAGAGGACCAAGCCAACAAAGUCCUGGAAUUCUUAAACCAGACAUCAUUGGUCCAGGUGUCAACAUUCUAGCUGCAUGGCCUGUUUCAAUUGACAACAAGACUCCACCUUUUGCCAUUACUUCUGGCACUUCAAUGUCUUGUCCUCAUCUCAGUGGCAUUGCUGCAUUGAUCAAAAGUUCUCAUCCUGAUUGGUCGCCAGCUGCAAUAAAAUCAGCAAUCAUGACAACUGCUAAUACUCUCAACCUCGGCGGGAUUCCUAUAUUGGAUCAAAGACUUUCACCUGCUGAUGUUUUUGCUACUGGUGCAGGACAUGUUAAUCCUGUUAAAGCUAAUGAUCCUGGUCUUGUUUAUGAUAUUCAACCAGAAGAUUACGUUCCUUAUCUGUGUGGUUUGGGUUAUACUGAUCAAGAGAUUGAACUUAUUGCUCAGUGGGUAGUGAACUGCUCUAAUGUGAAAAGUAUACCAGAAGCUCAACUGAAUUAUCCUUCUUUUUCUAUUCUGUUGGGAUCAGAUUCACAGUAUUAUACAAGAACUUUGACUAAUGUUGGAUUGGCAAAUUCUACCUAUAGAGUUGAACUUGAAGUCCCUUUGGCUUUGGGUAUGAGUGUUAAUCCUAGUGAAAUAACAUUUAAUGAGGUCAAUGAGAAGGUUAGUUAUUCGGUCGAUUUUAUACCAAAAACUAAGGAAAGUAGAGGGAACAAUACUUAUGCUCAGGGUUCUCUCACUUGGGUGUCUGAUAAACAUGCUGUUAGGAUACCAAUAUCAGUCAUUUUCAUGUAACAGGGAGAAGGUGAUGAUGUUAUGUUCAAGAAAUAAAGGGAAUGAAAUAUAUUUGUUGGGGAAAUUCAAGAGAUACUAUCUAAAUACUACCAUGUUUCUUUAUACAAGUAAUUCUAUGAUUUUCUGCACUGGCCAAAUAGUAUGUCAUGUUAUUAUUAUCCUUUGAACGUUUAGAGUUGUAUGACACAGUAUUUGUGCUAUAAAUCCAAAGGCUAACCAAAGUAAAGCACCAAAUCAUGCAUGAAAUUGAUAGGAUCACAUUUAGUCACAGUAAUUUUGUCAAACUCGUAAUUUAUCCAAACAUACACUGAUCAAGUAGCAUGCAAGACUAAAGCUCUAAAUUUUCCACACCUGCAUGCCAAUAGAGACAUUGUAACUUAAUUGCUUGUACGUUAUGCAGGGGU